UCCCACCAAGGUGACCUUUUCCCCCCAGUAUAAAAACAUGCAUCCAACUCCAAAUCCAAAAAUAAAAAUCCCAAAUCAAAAAAACCAAAGCAAAAAAUGGGUGCUUCUGCUACUGCUGUGUAUCAUUCAAGAAGGCUGCUCCUGAACCCUCUGUUCCUCUCCCCGCCGUCAGCCCCGACGCCGUCAGCGGCUGAGGUGCCGAGAGACAACAGCAACUUCGACGCGAACGUGGUGAUGGUGCUCUCCGUCCUCCUCUGCGCCUUGAUCUGCUCCCUCGGCCUCAACUCCAUCAUCCGCUGCGCUCUGCGCUGCUCCAACCUCGUCUCCACCGACGCCCCCGCCCCCGCCGCCCGCCUCGCCAACACCGGGAUUAAAAAGAAGGCCUUGAAGACAUUCCCCAUCGUCAGCUACGCUGCCGAGCUGAAGCUGGACUCCGAGUGCGCCAUCUGCAUCUCCGACUUCGCCGCCGGGGAGCGGGUCAGGGUGCUGCCCAAGUGCCACCACGGCUUCCAUGUCCGCUGCAUUGAUAAAUGGCUCGGCUCGCACUCCUCCUGCCCCACCUGCAGGCACUGUCUCAUUCAAACUUGUGAGAAGAUUGUCGGACUCUCUUCUUCUCCGCCUCACCACCUUCUUCUCAGGAUUGAGCCUCUGCAACCCGAAGCUUUCAUUCGGAAUCAUGCCACCUAGAUGCAAAUGUAUCUCUCCUGUACAAAUUGUGUCAUAUUGUAGAUUGGUUUAUCAAUUUUACUUAAAACUUUUUUUUUUUUUUUUUUUUUGGUGGUUAGUGGUAUUUAGGUGGAAAGUUGCAGCAUUAUGCACUAGGUUUUUGAUGGGGACAAAAAUCAGUGUAGUCCAAAUUAAAGUGUAUAUAUAUGGUUCUAAACUUUAGUGCAUAGUUACUGUUGUUUCUUAA